GCUAUAAAAUAGACUGUAGUGUAUUUCUCCAUUCUGAUCGUGUAAAUAUAGCCGCUGCUGUAGCAAAGUGGAAAGGUGAAAACUGAAAAGUCAUAUGCUCGAUCGUCUUCUUCCUUGUUCUCCGUGCUCUCCAAACCCUAGAACAUGAUCUGAGAAACACUUUUCCAUCUGCUCGAUUUGGGAAAAGCUUCGCCAAGAUGUACACUUUUGCAAAUGCGUAGAUUUGAGUUUACCUCUUCCAUCGUGACAUUGUUGGAAGUGUUGAAAUUGUGCUUGCAACUCAUCGAUUAUUCUACAAAAAAGACGGCGGCUCAUCCGGAAGCAUCUAGCAAAUGUCAAGUCAUUGUACGUUGGCUCAAAAUAAAAAUAAUCUUUUAUGAGACGAUGGCUUGAGGCCGCACGAUCUCGAUUGAUUUGGAUUCAUCUUCUAACGACCCUUUUGUUUUCCUCCCGGCGAAAAUUCGUGAUAAUACGAGCCGAGGUUUCCACGCCGGCGCGUGCUCUUAUCGUGAAGCCGUUGGCUGUUCUUUUGAGAUUUCCGAUCGGCGGCAACUUCUCUGUUAACCAAAUUCCACAGUUGUUAUCGGCUUAUGAGGGAGUAUGGUUGCUACUAUUUUUGUUUCUGGCAAUAUGAAUUGGGGGCACGGAUUUGGCCGCGGCUGUGAUUCCUAUGGUCAAAAUAACAAACUAUAUGGGAGAUCAUUAUGUUCAACAAAAGAAAGAUGCAACUUCAACAAGACAGCAAAAUUCAUCAUGCCUUCAUCACAUAGUUCUCAUAGGAUUGCAACUAGUAAAUGAAUCUACUUUGAUAUUGAUCAGGCACGGGGAAUCAAUGUGGAACGAGAAGAAUUUGUUCACUGGUUGUGUUGAUGUGCCUUUGACCAAUAAAGGAGUGGAGGAAGCGAUUGAAGCUGGAAAGAGAAUUAAGAACUUGCCUUUAGAUGUCAUCUUUAUAUCAGCUUUGAUUCGUUCACAGAUGACAGCCAUGCUUGCUCUUACUGAACACCACUGCACAAAGGUGCCCAUAAUUCUGCAUAAUGAGAGUGAAGAAGCUAAAUUAUGGAGUGAAAUUCAUAGUAAAGAUACGCAGGCACAUUCUGUUCCUGUCAUUAAAGCGUGGCAACUGAAUGAAAGAAUGUAUGGUGAGCUUCAGGGUUAUAAUAAGCAGAAAACAGCAGAAAGGUAUGGAAAGGAGCAAGUUCAUAAAUGGCGCAGAAGCUAUGAUGUUCGUCCACCUAAUGGGGAGAGUUUAGAAAUGUGCUUGGGAAGGGCUGUUUCUUAUUUUAAAGAGCAUAUUGAACCCCAACUUAUGGCCGGAAAGCAUGUGAUGGUGGUGGCUCAUGCAAAUUCUUUGAGAUCCAUUAUUAUGUAUCUUGAUGAGCUAACUUCUCAGGAGGUUAUUAACUUGGAACUAUCAACUGGUGUGCCAAUGCUCUACACUUAUAAAGAGGGAAAGUUUGUCAGGAGAGGAAGCCCUCCUGGUUCAAUGGAAGCUGGAGUUUAUGCAUACACAGAGUAUCUGGCCUGUUAUAGGCAAAGAGUGGAUAUAGGUAAUACAGAAAAAGAACAGGGGUAAGAAUGCGUACAUCUUGGAUCUCAUAACACGAUUGUGAAGUUGCUGUGGAAGAAAUGUGUCCCAACACCUUAGUGGACUUCAUUUGAUUAGUAAACCAUACAUAUUGUUUGUUCUCUUGGUGCUGGAGCUGUUGAUAAAUUCCAACAGCUCUCUGAACAACUCCAUUUUGGAGUAUUUUCAUUUUGAGGAAAUUCUUAGAAAUGGUACUCAAUAACCAUAUACUUUUUUUCAAAUUAGUCACUAGGAUGAACUAAAUACUGAGAUAGUAC